CCCAGCGGCUUUAUCUCCCACCCGGCUCCGCCUGCUGCUUGCAGCCUCCCGCCGCCGCUCCCCUCCGCGCGGCUCCGCACCGCGGGGCGGCCCAGGCGGCGCCCAUGGGCUGCGGCAACUCUACGGCCAGCGGCGCGGGCGGGAGAGGUGCCACCGGGACUACUAAAGAUGCAGCGGAAGAAUCUGUAUCAGAUGAUGACAAAAGGAGGAACUAUGGGGGUGUGUACGUUGGUCUGCCAUCGGAUGCGGCUGCCAUGGUUUCCAGUCAGACGAAAACUGCACCAAAAGAAGGAAAUAAACACAUCAAGAUCAAAACAGCUGGAGGAUUUUGAACCCUCAUCUGACCGCCAUCACGGUACCUCCUUCAGAUGUGCCUUUGGACACACAGUUUUGUGCUACAAAGUUAGAGUGCAGGAAAUGCUGGGAAAGCAUUUCUAUUGUAUUCCAGUUGGAGCAGUGCUGUGCAAAACGAGAAUAAACAUUACCAGGAAAUUAAAUGAGAAGAUGAUUUUGCAAAUUGUACAGUCUCUUUGGGGAGGUUUCAGAUGAUGACAAGAAUUGCAAGUUAAUAAGGAACCAGGUCCUGUGAUUAAGUAUUGUAAAUGACUUUGUUAGAAAUUACAGAGGUCUCCAUUGUACUGUCAUUGCAGUUGCCACCAAGUAGUUGCAGUCUUGUAAUAAUUUCACCUGCAGACCUCUGUAGCUUGUAAGGAAAUUACUUCCAGUUGACAGUGGCUGAUCCUUUGACACAUGCUGUUUUUGCCUAGAUCACGGGCUGUGACUGAUGUGCACAAAGUAUAGCUCAUCACAAUUCAAAAACUCACAGUUUUCAUCAUGUUGCAUUUGUCACGUGGCUGUACAGCACAUCUUUGUGGUGUCUACCAGUAUAAACAUCCAAGGUGGUUUGAAAUAACCAGUUGGUAGACUGGUGAGGCAGAAGGACAUCUCCAUGACAUACUGCUUCUGGUGAUCCUACUGUCUUUUUUGCACUCUGGAUGAGGAAUGAUGGCUUCAUUCCCACUGAAGAGCCAACUGUGCAGUGUAUUACUUGCGAGCCUCCGCUGGCUGGUUGUACCUCACCCAGUGACAGAAGACCGGUGCAAAGAGCCCUGAGCUGGAAAGGCUGGCCUUGUUAAACUGUGCUGGGAUUUGUUUUUCUGCUUCCCUCACUCCCUUAGCAGCAAAAUCCAAGUGACUGCACUGAGUUUCCUUUUAUGUGCCUCCUGAGAAAGCCUUAUGUUCAGAGCAGUGCUGGUGACAAUCAAAUUAAUCACCGUCCCGUCAGCAGCUGUGCUUCAAGCUCUCCUGGCAGUGGUACAUGAGGCAGGCUGCAGCCCAGGAUGUCAAUAAAUCCUUGUCCAAAGUAGGUCAGCAAAUUGUGUCUGGCCUCAAGAAGCAGCUUUGUUCAAAGACAGCAUGUUUCUUGGUGCUGCUGAGGAUCGUUUUCUUCAAAUGUCUUCCAUGGAAAGAACCCUGCAGACCUUGAUGGAAGUGCUGAUUCUCUGGAGUCUGAGCCCUCUGGGAGAAAACAGCAUUCUGAAGAGAGAAUACCAAAGGCUUGUUUAAAAGUCCUAAAAAUUCAUGAGGAAUCCUUUCUAAGGAGUCUUGCUAUACCUCUCUUGUUUUUCUUUUCUGUAACUUCCAACAUAUCAUUCAGAGAUAUAAAUGAUAUAAAACAUCUUAAAUUUCAAUUUUACAGUAUCCAUAUACACAGUCUUACCAGCUGAAAGCUUACCUGUUCCAAAAUACUUAUUUCAAAUUUUGAUAAGAGCCUGUGCAUAUUAUUCUGAUUUCCAGGAAAAAAAAUUACUGUAAUUAAUUGUUCACCCCCACAACUUGUGUUUUUUUGUUUUUAACUUUAGGGUUUAGUUUCAAUAUACCGACUCAGAGGCUGGUAUUGAAAUGACAAGUCCUCUCCUUUUGCAAAGUAUUUACCAAUGACAGCAUAGCCAGUGCUGCUUGUCACUGUGCAAUUGCUUGUGGCAAAGUUGUGGUUUAUGGACAUCACUUAUAAAUCAAAUUAUUCUAAAUAACUUUGCUUCUUAUGAAGCUUUUAGGUCAAGUCUGAAAGAUAACAGAGUCUAUAAAAACAUUGGCUCUGGGCUACUUCAGGUUGUCAUCCAAGACGUAAGAAUACAUUUCUGAGUGCUAGGGGCUUUUUUUCUGCAAUGAAUUCCAUGCUGCUGUCCAGUUUCAAGGUGAUUCGCUAUAUCCCUGUUCCAGUCUUUCUUAAAUGAUACUGUGAUUCUGCAACAAAAAAGGCAACCAACCAUUCCUGGGUGCUCUGUAAAGUCCUAAAUACAACAUAGCUUAAAAUAAAUGUUUGCAUCCUGGUGUGUUUUUCUGACCUACAGUGCACACUGUGUAUGUCUACGCCAUGUCUAAAGAUCAAAAGAUUCAUUGUCUUCCUCGCCUCCUCACAACAAAUUAAAAAAAAACAUUAAAAUCACAACAAAUAAAGAAAACAUUAAAGAAAAUUCAGCUUCCUAAUAUAUCCACAUCAUGAUAGAUGUCAAAAGAUAUGAUCAAAUUCUAUUUUUUUUUUCCCACAGGAUAUAUGCUGUAGUAGACUAACCUAAGCAAAUAUUCAUAUUUUCCCUGAAAAUUUUGCACAUCUUUGUUUAUUGAUUUUAUCAUUGUUUUACCAUUGCUUGGGACCAAUUUAUUGCCCAGGAAUAUGUUUUCUUGAAAUGCCUGCACAAGCUAGACAAUACAAAUGCAUAUUUUUUUUUUAUUCCAAGGUAAACAUUUGUCUUUGAACUACUAAAAGCUGCUUCUUGGUCACCCAAAGGUAGUCUUAUUACUGAGGGCAAUGAGGAAAAAUAUCAAGACUCAAGGUCAAAUAAUCCUGCUUAAACUUUACUGUAAUUUACUGAGAACUCAGAAGUUGCCAUUAUGCAAAAUAAGCUUAAAAAGGGCAAGCAGGCUGAUAGCCUUACUGCUCAUCAAAAACUAGCAUAGGUGCAUCAAGGCAGAAGAGACAUCUGAUAAGAAACACAGCUCCUGCCUUCAGAUGGCCAGGAACUGCUUGGGAACAGGAUGCAAAAAUUCAGUUUUCCUCAAAAGCCAAAUGAGAAGCCUGUAAUAACAGUUAAUCACUGAUUUAUUUUUUGUGUGUCUCUGGCACUGCAGUUUUGUUAUUGUUCCUUGAAGCCUAGCUACUUGUGGAAAAAGUCAGAAGUACACAGCUGCUAUUUUCCAACAGGUUCUCUGUCAGUUUGCUUUUGAUUCUUACUGUUUAUCUGAUUUUGGAACUAAAAAUAGAUGUGAGGCACUGGAAAUCAGAAACUCCUGUCUUGCCUGUGCCACAGGCUUGCUAGUGUUGGCUAUAUCAGUUGGCUCAAAACCUUCAAAAAGCUUUCAAAUUUGAAUGCCCAAGCAGAGGGCCUUUGUUUGGAUAACAUCUCAGUAUUCCUCCAACGAAAGCCAAGAGUCUGUGCUGGCGGGUUUGUUCCCAAGGCUCUUGCAAUCCCCAGUGAGGCUGGGCUGCCCAAUCCGGAACCUGUUCUGUUCUUGCUGCAUGUCCUCUGCUGUGCAUCAGCUGGAGGACAAGGAGGUGUGCCUUUUGUGUGUAGAAAAAGGAAACUGGAAGGAGAUUCUGGAAAUGAGCAGAAAAGCAAGCGUCCCAGCAAUGCUGAUGAAUUGCUGUCUAUUGAAAUGCUAUUCUCUGCACUUCUUGAGUAGAAAUUACUCUUUUCUAGAUGGAGAAGCAAUCAGAAGCUUAAUUUCAUUACAAAUGCUGAGGAACAUUACUCAUAUUAGCAAAACAACUGUGUUUUUCUUCUUU